UCCAACUAAAAAUAAGAAAAAGUUCGAGAGCAGCUUCGUAAAAUUCUAUUAAUUACAAAAUUAACUAACUGCUGUGGGUUCUUUUUUUAUCCUUAAUAAGCGCCGCAUGUCCAGACAUAGCGCCCAUUCAUUGCCAAACGUGACGACAUUCUCCCAACUCUCCGUUUCGGGCUAUGCUAAUAUACUACAAACACCGUACCGGCUUAAAAUCUGCGGAAUUGUCAUCAUCAUGUCCUUUCACCUGAGCACUAAGGAGCGCCUGCUCCUCCUGAUUGACGACAUCGAGAUAAUAUCCAAAGAGCUGAUCGAGCAGGCACACCAGAAGGUAUCCAGCACAGAGUUGGUGGACCUGCUGGACUUGCUGGUCGCCAAAGAUGAGGAGUUCCGGAAAAUGCUGGAGCUGGCGGAAGAGCAGGCCAAGGUGGAGGAGGCAAUGGACAAGCUGCGGGCCAAGGUGGAGGUUCAUGACCGGGAAAUACAGAAGCUACAGAAGUCGCUAAAGGACGCGGAGCUCAUCCUAUCCACGGCCAUAUUCCAGGCACGCCAGAAGCUGGCCAGCAUAAACCAGGCCAACAAGCGUCCGGUUUCGUCCGAGGAGCUGAUCAAGUACGCCCAUCGGAUCAGUUCCGCAAACGCGGUUAGUGCCCCUCUAACCUGGUGCAUCGGUGACCUGCGGCGACCCUAUCCGACAGACAUUGAGAUGAGAAACGGCCUCUUGGGUAAAUCUGAACAGAAUAUCAACGGAGGACCUGUGACCCAUCAAAACAGUGGAAUUCCCUCCGAGCAGCAGCGAUCCCUGUCCGGCAGCGGCGGAAGCGGCAGUGGCAGUGGGGCGGGCGGCGAGGUGCCGAACGCCUUCCAAAACCAAUUCAACUGGAAUCUCGGUGAGCUGCACAUGACCAUGGGUGCCUCGGGGAACACUGUGGCCCUGGAAACACGGGCUCAGGACGAUGUAGAGGUCAUGUCCACCGACAGUUCCAGCUCCAGUUCCAGCGACUCGCAGUAGGAGGAGCGGGUUAAAUGUAAUUAAAUCUCUGAUAAGCUAGACAAUAUAAUAAGCAGAGCUCGUACAAAAAAGUCAA